AUGCUUCUAUUCAGCUUUUACUUUGAAGGCGACUGGUGUCGUUUCCCUGAUUGGGCAGCUACAUUAGCCCAGCAGAACGUUGUGCUAAAAGGAGAGACUAAUACAGAAUGUAGACAUUUUUAAUAAUGAUAAUAAUUAUAAUUUCUAAUAAUAACUUCUUCUGGGACUUCCGGUUAUGACGUUUCAGUGAGAAGGUGCAUGUGCGUUUGGUUCGCUGAGAAAUCCUUAAAUUAAUCCGUAAUUAAGAUCAAUAUUCACAAUUUCGCUCGUUGACGGUAACGGAAAACGGUUAGUGGGGAUCAUGCCACCGAAAAAUGCCAAAGUUGUCCAACAACCAACUAAAGCGGCUCCGCGAGAGAAUGCGGCUAAUGUAGCUCAUGCUAACGAGACAGCACCGGCUAACUCGACAGAGGCUCAAGAAGCUCCGACCAACCAAGAUAUUCUCAGAGCAAUUAACUUGCUGAAGGAAGAUAUGAACAGACAAUCUGCCGAUAUGAUGAAAACAAUUCAGGAUAUUAAAGGGGAUAUACAAUCGCUCACUGAGAGAACUGGGGAAACAGAAGUGCGAAUUUCGCAAGUAGAGGAUGACCUUACUUCCCUUCAAAGCGGAGUUAGAGGGGUGCUUUGUGAUGGAGUUGAGAAGCAAGAAGACAGGAGCAGACGCUCCAACCUGAGACUGAUCGGGCUGCCUGAAAAAUCCGAGGGAGCGGAUCUGUGUGGCUUUCUGGAGACAUGACUUCGAGAGACACUAGGUGAGGACUUCUCCUCCCGAUGCGUGGAGAGAGCUCACAGAAUAGGGCCCCUCAGCUCUAAAACUGCGGCUUCAAGAGUUGUUAUAAUGAAAUUUCUGAGCCAUAGAGACCGGGAUAUAACUCUGAAAGCCGCCAGGAAAAUGAAGGAAGAGUUCAAUGAGAAUCACCGUGUCCCUUUUUUUCCCCUGAUUUUUCGGCCGAGACUCGCAAGCUGCAGAGGCGCUUUGACGGGGUGAAAGCUCGGCUUCGAGCCCUUAAAGUCCGGUAUGGUAUUUUGUACCCAGCUCAUCUGAUCAUCACACACAAUGACAAGCGACGGAUCUUCAAGUCAGUGGAAGAAACCGAGAAAUACAUUGAUGGAAUAAGCCCACAGGCAGAGAAUAACUCCAGGCCAUAAUGUGUGCCCAUCGCUUCCCUUCAGCAAUGGAUACAAAUGGAACAAACUGCAGUGGACAAUAUUGUAUGAGGAGUUGGGAGCUCUUGCCGGAAUACCCUGGGCAUGUUUUUGCUCUGUGUCUCUAUUUUACACGCAGACAAUCUGGGAGGCAGAAGAAAGAUUGUCUAAAAAUAAACCACCAGCGGCAGAAAAACCUAAUUUCAACCCAACAGGGAGGGGGAAAAGACCUCUCUUUCACCCUGUCUGAGUCUUUCUCCGCUCCGUUUCUGCGUCCUCAUUAAGAGCUGAGGGGAGGUCAUGUCCCAGUCUGGAAAAGUUCUUCAUCUUUAUGUGGAAGUGAGAUCUGCCCCAGAUCAGGCCAGGGAGAGUGACGAAGGGAUUGCUCAGAGGAUUCCAGUUGAGGACAGUCCUGCCGAGCUCCUCUCCCAGCUAACGAGCCAGACGGCCGCUGGAAGGACCGCCACAAGUCCCCAACGCGUUCUGGACCAGAAUCACAGUCAAUCUCCAUCUCAACACACUGUCAACUUUCAGCUCCAAACAUCCAGCAGCUCACCUUCAGUCACCAAGCGCUGGAGCUCUCCCCUACACUCAUCCCCCUUCUCUAGAAGAGUCGGCCGCCCUCUCACUCCUCCUGAUGGCCAACGAUCUGUGGUCAGCUUCAGUUACGUCGAAAAGUCCAACGUGAAGACGUUGGACAGUUCAUGCAACUCCAUGUGCGAGAGACGAACGAGAGAUGAGCGGUCCAUACCAUCUCGCUUUGAGAAGCAUCUCAGUGACCAAGUGUGGUUUGAUAGUCCCAGUUCAUCGUGCAGCUCAAGCCCCAAACUGAGUUUCCAAUCUCCAGAGAGUCACCAGCAGUCCUUCUCCCCGGGUCUUCGACAGCCACGUUUGGAUCCGAUUGGCAGAGCAGCUACACAAAGGGCUGUGGAAGAGUUCGGUUCACCCUUACAGAGGAUAAAACUGGCCCACGCACUCAACCUCGAAGCCUCCUCACGUUACAGUCAACAGCAGCGCUGCCAGUCCUGGGCUGGGUCUCCAGUCCAGCAUCAGAACAUCAGAGUAAAUCCCAAAGAGCUCACAGAUAACAGUCAGGCUAUUCAUGGGUUGAGAAACAUCAGAUCAGACCAGUCCGGAAAGGUAUCAGAGUUCAGGUCCUCUGCCGACCUUCGUUGUCCUCUUCAGAGUUCAACAGAGGAUGGGAAGAUGGCACAAAGUCCAGCUACCAAAAAACCCAAGAAAACUUCUCUGCAGGAAUUAAUCUUUCAACCAGGUAAUAACGGAGUCGAAGGUUUGAACCAGUUGAGCGGCAGCAAACCUUCGACUCCAGCUCACAGUCCCGAAGUCGCCCGCAGGCUAGCAGAGGAAGCUUCCAGAGUAUCUUCAAUGUUGACGGAGGCCAGGAGAUCCUCAUCGCACAACCAUUCUUCAGGCAUGAGCAGCUCAAACUCUGGAGAGUCCUCUCCAAACGCACAGCACUUUAAGCCAAUGCUAAAGAUGAACAUCCCUUUAAAUGAUCAACACAUGCCAGCAAAUGAAAACACAGACUCUCACCAGCCGGAAAGCUCCAACUCUUCUCAUGGCACACGUCAGGAGGACUGCUUUCAGGAAGCCCAGCAUCAGACCUCAGUCUUAUCAGCACAGCAGAGCUCCCCCGCACUCCCCUCUCGAGUCCUCCGUCCCUCUCAUCCGCCCACUGAGAUCAGCUCUCCCAUCAGAGACCCAAGGCUUCUCCAAGCUGAGCUCCGAGCACCAGAAAGCCCCACCCUGCAUCGCUGCCAGCCUCCCCAGUACACCGGGGACUCCUGGUCCCCAAGCCUGGACAGGACAGGAGACCUGAGCUGUUUUGAGAAAGGGGACUGCACAGAGCUCUCACGCAGGCUCUUCAUCAACCAAAGCGUUGAAGAGGGGCCAGUCAGCUGGACGUCCAGGCAGCAGUGGAGGAACCAGCUGGAGAACGAGUCUGGGUUUGAGUCCAGCAGUCACCAGCAAACCAGCCAACUGAGGCGGCCACUCAGCCCCACGGCCCAGCAGAAACGGGCCGAGCAGAGGAGGAGGGAGAUUCUUUUGCUUGGGCCUGUGGCACUGGACUCCGAAGAAGAGGAUGAGAGCUGUGAGGACGAAGGGCACGGCGAAGAGGCGGACGGAGGCGAUCCCAGAAGGACAGGAGAAUCUCCAGAGGGGGAGCAGAACGGAGUGAUGACGGGUUCUUCCUCUCGGAGCUCCAGCGGCGUGACAGGGAGCUUCGGGGACAGAGACUGUUUGUCCCCAGAGUCCAGUCAGUCCAGUCACCAGAGCAACGAGACCGGUGUUGCCACCUCAGGAAUACAGACGGACAGUGGAAGUGCAGCUCCUGUUCCUUCUCUGCACUGUCAGAAGAUUGCUCGAGCCAAAUGGGAGUUCCUGUUCGGGACCUCUGCAGAGGAAACUACUGGCAAAAGGAAUAAAAAUUCCCUGGAGGCCUCCACAGCGCCCCCCAGUGGUAACUCCAGCGAGUCUCCCACCCCGACUCCUCCAUCCUCCCUUCCUCUGCUGUCGGCCAAUCACGACGUUCAGCACGUGGAGGUCGAGCUGGUGACUCCUCCCCCUGCCGCCAUCGGGACGUCCCCCAAAACGGGCAUCAUUCGCCGGACGCUGAAGUAUUCCGAAACGGACCUGGAUGCCGUCCCGCUCCGCUGCUACCGCGAGACGGACAUCGACGAGGUUUUGCUGGCGGAGCAGGACGACGCCGACUCCGCCUUCGGCAGCAACCGCAGCGUGCAGGGCACUUCUGGGGCGGGGAGCAGCCCUCUGAGGGGGCUGGCCUAUAGGAGGACAGGUGGGGAGGAGGAAGAGGGGAGUGAGGAUGAAGAAGAGAAGGAUGAGGAAGAGGAGGAAGAGGAAAUGGUGAGCUGGGCGAGCGUGAGGAUGCAAGGCGACAGCAGGAAGCAGCGGUAUGCUGCUGAAGAGGACCCACAGGUGUUUGGACAUCAUCUGACGAGACCAAUGGAAACGUUUUUCGACAACCACAAUCCGGCCCUCAAGUCCCCCAUCCUGGUCUCCGGUCCCCGCUGCGCCGCUGAGGACACGUUCAGCAGCCAUUUUGAGAGCAUCAUGGAGUCCCACCGGGCCAAAGGGACGUCCUACCACAGCCUCGACAGCGAGGAGCUGCUGACCUCCAGCGCCCAAACUGUUCUGAGCUUCGAUCUGCCCACGCUGACGCCCGCCAUCCACGGGCCGGUGUGCCAGAGCGCCCAUCAGAUUGUGCAGCUCAGCUUCGCCCCGUUGGCACACCACGAGAGGCCCAGUCUGUCCGAUUCUAUCUUUACGGUGACGGGGGACUCGGACGCCACGCGGGCCCCCUCCAGUGAGAGGCUGAGCAGCGGCUCGGAUGAUGUGAUGCCAAGAGGGCGAGAGUGUGCACAGCUGGGGAGCAGCUGGUACAUCAACCCGUCUUUCUCUUUGUCCAGCAGGGAGAAGGCCCGUCUGGCGACGGACUCCGAGCUGGGCCACGACCUCAGUGACCGGCUGGGUCUGGGCAGCAGCGACACCCUCACCAACGGCAGUCACCGUGGCGACGUGGCAGCCGCCAAACGACUCGCCAAGCGUCUCUUUCACUUGGAUGGAUUCAGGAAGUCGGACGUGUCGCGCAACCUCAGCAAGAACAAUGACUUCAGCCGCAUGGUUGCAGAAGAGUAUCUAAGUUUCUUCAGUUUUACCGGCCUCACCCUUGACCAAGCGCUGCGGACUUUCCUCAGGCAGUUUGCUCUGAUGGGGGAGACUCAGGAGAGGGAGAGGGUCCUGUCACACUUUUCCAGACGCUACUUGGAGUGCAACCCAAAGGUCCUGCCAUCUGAGGAUGCAGCUCAUACGCUCACCUGUGCCCUGAUGCUGCUGAACACCGACCUUCACGGUCAGAACAUUGGCAAGAGGAUGUCAUGCACACAGUUUAUUGGCAAUCUGGAAGGACUGAACGGUGGCCAGGAUUUCCCCAAAGACCUGCUCAAAGCUCUCUACAACUCAAUCAAGAAUCGGAAGCUGCAGUGGACGCAAGAUGAGGAAGAGCUGCGGAAGUCAUUUUCAGAGCUUGGCGACAACCCCCUGGACUCCGACGCCUCCAGGCCCAUGAAGAGGGUGGGCAGCAGCAGGAAGCCCCUGUCGGACAGGACGGAGCCAACGGGAAUGCUGCUGUACAAGAACGGAUUCCUGGUGCGGAAAGUCCAUGCUGACUCAGACGGAAAGAGAACACCGAGAGGGAAGAGAGGCUGGAAGACUUUCUACGCCAUCCUGAAAGGGCUAAUUCUGUAUCUACAAAAAGGCGAGUACCGGCCCGAUAAGCAGCUGUCGGAUGAAGACCUGAAGAACGCCGUGUCCAUCCAUCAUUCUCUGGCAAUGAAGGCGUCAGACUACAGCAAGAGACCCAAUGUCUUCUACCUGCGGACGGCUGACUGGAGGGUUUAUCUCUUCCAGGCACCGAACGCUGAGCAGAUGCAGUCCUGGAUCACGCGUAUCAACACGGUGGCCGCCAUGUUCUCAUCUCCUCCCUUCCCAGCAGCCAUCGGCUCCCAGAAGAAGUUCAGCCGACCGCUGCUGCCAGGAACCAUGUCCAAACUGUCCGAGGAGGAGCAGAUCAGAUCCCAUGAAGCUCGGAUCAGAGCCGUCUCCACUGAUCUCGCUGAGCUGAGGUCUUUUCCUCCGGACCGCAAGGUCAGAGGCCGGGAGCUGGAAGAGUACCGCCUGCGAGACGAGUAUCUGGACUUUGAGAAAACUCGGUAUGGGACAUACGUCAUGCUGCUGCGGGCCAAGAUCCGAAGCGGCGAGGAGGACCUGUCUGUAUUCGAGUCGCUGCUCCUGGAGGACAGCAGCCUGCAGAGGGCGCACUCCAGCCCCACGCUGCAGGACAGCAGCCUGGCCAGCCAGGCCAGCAGCAGCAGGGGCACCAGCAGCAAAGCCAGCGCCUGCAGCAGCAGCAGACCUCGACAGGAAGGACAGAGGAACAGCUACAGACAGGCUGUCAAGAAGUGAAGCGUGGCGGGGGCGCCGGGAGCGGCAUGAUGUCGCUCUCCCACCGGCAGGCUGUCUCCCAGCGAAGGCUUUUAUUUGAGAUCCAGGAGGGUUCGGAGCUCUGCUUGAAGGGGGAGCAGGGGUGAGGGUCUUACCCCACGCCUUCCCGCUACCAUGACGCCCCACCCGGCACCCCAGUCUUCUCGUGUGGCCGAGGAGGUGCAGAUCCAGCGAGGAUGUUGGUGCAGGAGGUGGGGGGAACAGCUGUGAGGUCAGAGAGGAGGAGGUGUCUUUCAGGACAGGCGCUGGAUGCAGCAGCAGCAAACGGCACAGUUCCUUAAAAAGGAUGCUUCCAGAUCAAAUGGGACACCACAGGGACCUACAUUCAGCAUCCUUUCCUUUCUCCCCUCCCCUUUCUUCUUUCAGGGCACCUCUCCAGCCACAUCCUCACAACUUUUUCCAUCACCCUUCAACUCUGUUAGGGACCAAACAUGUUUACACACUUUGAACUGUCAUCUCAUUAUAGAUGACUCGAGAUUUGGUUUUUAGUCGUACCGCUACUCCUACGUGAAGCGCUGUAAUAGACUUUUAAAGCAUCACUACGUUUUUUUUGGAGCCUCUACAUUCCAGCUCCUUUCGUCCCGUAUAUCCUCACGACGCGUUCACAUUCCACACACACACACACGAGUUGGGAAUCACAGCUUUUAGCUCCAGUAAGGACGGCGUGAAGUUCAAUCAGCAUUGCUGCAGAGAAACGCCGUGACGAGACAAUCGCGGCUGCUCGUUUUUUUUUCUUUCUGGACAGCUAGAGCCGACGUCCGCAGAAGUUCUCGGUGCGAUGCAGCUACAAAACUGCAUCUCAAGCAAAGAGAGAGGGUUUUUUUCACUUUGCUUGAACAUAUUUUUUCUCCUGUUUGCUUUUGCUUAUGUCCAGUGAUGUGCUUCAGUUUUCUUUCUUGGGUGAAUGUUUUUGUUUCGUUUUUCCUGCUGUGAUACGCAUGCCUGCAUCCAGCACAGCUUCUCUUAGGGCUUUUACUACUUACACAUAAAAAAAAAACAAAAAAAAAAAAAAAAAACUGAGAGUCAGCGUUUCUCCCUGGGGCUGUUCAGUCAUUCUCCUGCCUGUGCCAUAGCCAACACGUGUAACCUCCUGUCUGUACCGCUCAUUUCCAGGCCGACACUCACCGGGCAGACCCUGAAUGUUGAUAUUUUUAAGGUAUUUUUCAGUCACCUGUUGUUGUUGUUGACCCCCACUCCCUUCAGUGUACGAGCAUACGAUCAAAUACGAUAAAGGAAACUUGCUAUUCAGGACGUGUUGUACAGUAUAUAAUGCGCCUGCUUAUAUUGUAGGAUAUAUGACGGUAUAUUUGCAAUAUAUUCAGUACACUAUUGUGAAGAUGCAUUAGGAGCAAACACAGAAAACGUCUUGCUAAUCCCAAAAAGGGCUGAAUGAUAAUCAUGUGAUUUUAUUAUUGUUAUUAUUAUUAUUACAAAGUAUUUAGAAAGGUUAUUUUUGACAGGUUACUCUAAUUUAGUCGGUUGCAUUAGAAAGCUUUCCAACGCUGAAACCUAUUAGCAUGAUUUUACUUGGAUUGGGGCUGAAGAUGUUGUGAAAGAUGCAUGAAGAGAGCAAGGAACAAUAAAAAUAAAAAAUUAUAGAAGAGGAAACAAAGGAACUUUGGAAUUUGUUAAGAGUAGAGUAGCUUGGGUAUUUUUAGUAGCCAUAAACACCUCAUAGCAUGCAGGUGUAUAUCACAGAAGUUAAAUAUCAUUGAAAAGUUUGUUGUUUUUUCUCCAGCAAUUCAAUUCACAAAGUGAAACUCUUAUAGAUUUAUUAUAAGCAGUCAUAUAUUUACAAUUUGGUGAUUUUGGGUUACAUUCAAUGACAAAAUUAACAUUCCUAUUUCCAUAAGGGAAAGUUGAGUGGAAGGAUGAAGUGUGGUAGAGAAUGAUUCUUAAUCUUCUUUCUUUCUAUUUUUUUUUAUUAUACACAAAUCUUAGUCUUUUGUAAAGUGUGUACACUUAGGCAGCGUUAGAGCUAACCCUCUCAUGGGGUCAGAGCAGCACAGCCGUUGACUCAGCUUUUGCUACCUUUGGCAUUGUGGUGAGGUGCUUAGUCUGACUAGAAAAUAAACUCAGCAUCUCCAGAAAGAAAAACAUGAAACAUUAGUGCAUGAAGCAAUCUGAAAUUCCCUGGAUGACAUAGCUGACGUUAGGCUUGAGAAAAUACAGUGGACCAGCAGCAGUCGAUGUCAAGGUUUUCCAAAUUAUCACUGGCCUUUGAAACUUCACACUGGACCUCGAACAACGUGGAUUCAGUGGUUCUCUAAUCUUAUUUCAACCUCUGUGCCCAUGAUUUAAAAAUACAAACUAUAUUUCGCUAAAGGUUGGUUUUUCAUUUGGAAGUCACUCUGCUAACCUCCGACCUUUGUUCUUAUUAGUUCAGGUCAGAAACUUCUCCCCUGCUUUAGGACAGACGUAACAUAAGAAAUGAGACAUUAAUGUAGAGUUUCCUGGAUAUAUCUGUGUAGAAGUACUAACUUCUUGUUGCAAGUUUUUCCUUCCACUCAACUUUCUAUCAAUGUUUUUUGUAACUUAAACCCCUUGUGGAGGAUCUCUGCUGAGUCUUCUCCAUGAUUGUGUCAACCAUAACAUAACAUUUGUGUUUUAGAAAUCCUUUAUUAAUGUAAAAUCUAUUUAUUUUGAAGAGACUGAAUUUUGAGUUAAGCCACAAUCAUCAAAAUUACCAGAAGAAGAUCUGUCCAAUAUGAGUUUAACUUUACAGUUGAGUUUCUGAAAUAAAUGAACUUUUUGAUGGUAUUCUGACUUGUUGAGAUACAGCUGUAGUAUUGAUGCACAGCCAUUUUCUACUCAGGCUUUUUGAGCAGCUGCAGUGCCAGCGUCCAACCAGCAGGGAGAGCUGUCAGCAUUCACUUGUAAUUCCUCUUUCAGCCAUAACCACACCUGCUGCACCUGCAGUGAAUAUGCACAGCAUCUCCCACUCACCUGGGGAAGUGGAUGGGGACCGCAGGGCUACGCAACACACCGGACCUGUUUGUGUUAACCGUUUGUGAGCCGCAGUGCAUGCUGGGACGGUGCUGGACGCUCCGAGGAGCUUCAAGACUCUUUGGUUUUGUUCGUCCAGCUUCCGUCCAGCAUCAGUUCCCAUAGAGCAUGAGUUAUAUCAGUGUGUACAGUUUCUAAAGCGAAUGAUUUAGUAUUCAGGCCUCAGCGCUGCACCGUGUUAAUGCGUCAGUCACGUUUCUGUUGCAGUGUGCGGCCUUUUCCUCACCUGUAAACUUUAAGCAACAAUUCAAACAUUUGCAAGUUUUGCUUUGGAGGGUUUAUAUCUUCUUUGCCUUGAGUGGCAUAAAACGAGCUCUUUUGUUUUGGAGCUGAUUGUCAGAAAAGACUGAAGGACUUUUUGUGAUGGCUGUUUUUCUCGUACGGUUGUGUGAACCUGAAAGGUGAGGAAAUAUUUGUAGAAAAGGUUCUUGAAUAAUAAUCCAUCUACACGUCACGUCUGUCGUUUCAGCAGCUCACUUGAUAAUUCGAAAAGGUUUUUUUUGGCCUCUUGUUGCAAAAACCAUCAUCCAGUUGAUUAACUCUGCAAUUAAACUGUUGAAAAUAUAUAUAUAAAAAAAUACUAAUUUACAAUACAAUUAUAAUCUAGCAAUGCAGCUGCAGUUCAUUUCUGCUCUUUAAAUUGUGCGUUAUUAUUAAGAUUUUGUUAACUGCUAAUGAUCAUCAGUGGACUUUCAUCUAAAAUGUUUGGGUUCCAAACAGCUGCAGAAAGAGAUAAAGUUUAAAUAUGUUGCUAAAAAAUCUAAAUUUUAUUCUGUUUUAUAUUUAAUAAGCUAAUAAUCCUAUUGUUACACAUUUAACUGGUUUCUGGAGAUUUACUCAGUUUGAGAACCACUGCCUUUUUCUGCUUUUCAUUUUUAUGUUUGACGUAAAUGAAUGCGUUUGGUGGUUAAAAGCUUGACUUACAUUUUUGUGCUGCAUCUGCUUAAUGUCCAAUAUCAGAUUAAGUUUUUAUUUAUUGUUUAAAUCCUCUUUAAUUACUGAAAACACUAUGAUCUACAGUGCCUUGCAAAAACUAUUCAUACCCCUUGAAUUUUUUCCUGUUUUGUGACAUUUCUGCCACAAACUUAAAUGUGUUUUAUUGGGAUUUUGUGUGAGAGAUCAACACAAAGUAGUGCAUAGUUGUAAAAUUGAAGGAAAACAUAUAUAUAUAUAUAUAUAUAUAUAUAUAUAUAUAUAUAUAUAUAUAUAUAUAUAUAUAAGCACUGAUUAGCUCCAUUUGGCGUGACGUAAUCUAAAUAUAAAUUUUACCGGCUCUUUUACCAGCUCAGAAACAUAGCAGACAGUUGAGAGAGUUAUGGAAAUGUGCAAAGCUGGUUUAGAAAAUAAAAUGUCAGAUCGCUGACAAAAAUUCAUUUUCUUGGCUUUCAAGCAAAGUCAAGUUUAUUUGUAUAACGAGACAGUUCAAAGUGCUUUACACAAUAAAACUGUAAUAACCGUUUAUGAAGCAAUCAACAAACAUUACAUUUUGUCUAAUGCCAUCAUAAAAUAUAUUGAUUAAUAUGUUAAUCAAUUUCCCAGUGGUUUUUAAUCAAAGGCACCUGUAAACAAGUGAAUUUUUAGCCUUAAUCUAAAGUAGCGAAAUUUUUCGGCUGUUUUGCAGGUUUCCAGAAGUUUGUUCCAGGCUGCUGCUUCUUUGUGUUUGGUUCUGACAGAAAAGCUCAAUAAAAACACACAACGUUGUUGUGGUUGCAACAUGCUGAAAUGUGAAAAGUUUCGAAGCAAGGGACUGUAACUUUAAAGAAUAAAUAUCUUUUCCUCAAGGAUCAAAUCCUUAUUAGACGUGAUGACUGGAACAUUACGUUUGGCAUAUCUGAGCUUGUCCUGCGGUUGCAUUUGAUCAGAAUUAAUUAGAACCAUUUUAGCUGUCAGUUCUUCCUCCAAAUAUGUGGCUAAACUCUCAAACAACCCAAAUGUCAACCAUCUUCAUCUUAUCCGAUCCUUGAAAAGAGGCAAUGAUUUAUUGAAUCUGCAUACGUCUGUUUGAAUACACAGAGCAAUCGGUAAAAAACAAUAAUGACAGUUUGUUCUGAUACAUUAAGUGUUUUUAAGUGAAUUUAACAAAACAGCAAUGAAUGAAACGGAGAUCAGCUGCUGUAAAUGGUUUGUAAAGUUAAAGUUGUAGGAUUUGUCUCUAUUAAAGCAGCAAUGCACGCCUGAGUGAACUGUCCUAUAAAUGUUUCCAUCACUCAUCAUCAUUUCUGAAUGUAAAUAAAGCAUGAGAUCUUACGGCCUGCUUUUGUUUAUAUUAGAACAUUAAAUGAAGGGUUCAUAUAUUAAGUAGGUCACCAUGAUUUACUGUUUUCAAGCUCAUGCCCACCUUUAUUUAUUUUUUUCUAUCGACAAAGGAAAUGGCUAUAUUUAUUGCUGUUCAACGCUGUCGUGUUUUAGAGGCUCAGAAAAAUCUUUUACAUGUGAAGUUCUGAUUCGUCUCAGUGUGUUUUUAGACUGGUGCAGGUAAGACGAUGUUCUUUUGAUGCUAAAACAGUGAGCUACAUGUGUCACUGCCUUGUUCAGUCUCACCAAGGAAAUGUUGUUUGUGAGCUUCUCAGUUUUGGGAAUUCUAGAGGAUAAAAAUAAAAGUGUUUGUAAAGGUU